CUCCUCCAUCACUCACCACCCAACCUACCUCCAAGUGUACUUCAGACGGUGGCGGCGGGUAUGGCGACCAUCUCGUGGUCAUUGCCAUCGCACAACUCGUAUUAUUCCUCGUUGUCUCCACGCUCCUUCCACCUGUCUCCACUCCGGCCCGUGAUUCGUUCUGAUGCCGGAAUUGGUAGUUUGGAAGUGACAGCUCCUUCUCCAUCUACCCCGUCUGUGAUCUGGAACGCCUUGCAUCUGAAAAGAUGGUGCUUGCCUCCCAAAAAUGCGCGAAAUCGCGAGCGGAUGAGUGGGCGCGGGUUCAGUGCUCGGUCAUACUUCGAUUCAAACAGGACCGGGAGGCGUCCAGUGCCUCCGCGUGACACGCCCGUGACGUUCGGCAGCUGGUACAAGGAAGCUGUGGCCGACCGACGGCCCGCUCCGCUGCUGGGGUCGCUGAAGCCCGGGUCUUUGCGUUGGAUGAUGCGACAGCUGGCGGACUCGGGCGAUCUGGCGGAGUGGGCGGAGCUGGCGGAGACGGUGCUGGCGGACCCCGUGUACCGCGACCGCCUGGAGUGGUGCGAGUACGAACGCCGCCUGCACCGCGACGGCGCUGCUGCCGCCGUGCAGUAUGCACGGGACGCGGGGUGGGUGGACAUGACUGACACGUUCGCGUGGAGCGGAGUGGACAUGGAGAUGCUGGGCACUUCCUUCACCAAGCCCAUACCGCGCACCCACGCCUCCGCCACUGCUGCGCCACCCGCACCCGCUGUGUUCCCAUAUGCAUCUGGCCCUGCUACCUCCGGAGCCCCGUCCGCCCGAAAGCGCACAGCGCGCGCCCGCCAAGGCCGUGCGGGUCCGGGCCGGCCUACCGGCGUGAACCUGGCGACGGUGCGCGCGCAGCAGGAACAGCUGGCGAGGCGGCAGGAGAGGAGGCAACGGCAAGCUGAGCGGCGACAGCAACAGACAGGAGAAACGGAGAAUGCAGGGGAUAGUGAAGACGGAUGGAGUGAGGCAGCAGAUGAGGGGUACAUGGGGCCUGAGAAAGUGAGCAGCGAUUGGCUGCUGGACCUGGUGCAGAAGCAGCAGGCGUCAAUAGAAGAGAGGCAGACUAAGGGAGGGCGUCAGGGUGAAGUGUCAGGGCCUGGAAAGGGGUUAGAGAGAGAGCAGGACGUUGCGAAGAACACGAGGGAUGAAUCAGUUCCAGUGACACGCGGACGAGGAGGAAGAAGCAAGCAGCUGCCAGAAAGGGUCAGCGAAGAAUCGCCAAGAGUUAGCAGUUUGGUUACUAAAGGAGGCAGAAGGCAGCAUGGAAGGCGAAGUGAUAGUGGUGAUAUUGUGGAUGGGGUUUGAACUUGUAGGCAUUCUAGAGGGCCACUUCAGAUGAGCUUGAAAUUUAAAUAUUUACAA